AUGGCUUCUUCUGAAACAAGACUGAACAACGGAGGAGAUAAGAGAAGAGAAAAAGAAGAGGCCAUAGCAAACGGAGUGAAAGCGAGAGCGUUUCAACAAGGUCUCUUGCACAAGUCAAGCCCAUCCUCUACUUACAGUCUCAGAAACCCUUCUUCCUCCUCUGCUCCUUCUCCAGCUUCUCGUCCUCUCCCCAACCUCUCUGCUCAUGAUUACCCUGUUUUCACUCCUAGCUAUGAGGAUGAGCCUGUCUCUGCAUUUCAUCACAAGAAUCUCACUCUAUCUGAGAAUUGGGAUGAAUCUGGUGUUGGUUUAGUAGAUGGAGACCAUGAAGAUCAAGACUUGAUGAGACUUACUUAUCUCUCUGAUUCUUACAAAACCUCAACUUCAAGAAAGACUUUAACGCCUCAUCAAGAUUCUUCUCAUCAUCAUCAUCAUCCGUCUCAUGUUUACACAAUGUCGGACGCUCUCAGGUCUCCACCGUUACCUUUUUAUACUUCCGGUAGAAGCAACUGCGGCUCGGUUGACUUCAGAUCGGUCUCUUCUUGCAAUGAGUACAAACAGAGAGGUUUCGACACCAAGAGCCUGAAGAGCUCUAAUCUUGUUGUGCCCUUGACGGAUUCUCACUCCGCUGUUGUUUCUUCUCAGCCACGGAACCGUGGAGGAAGAGUGAUGUCUUGGUUAUUCCCAAAGUUAAAGAAGAAGCAAAAGAGCAAUUCGAUCUUUAACUCUCCUAACAGAACAGACAAAUCAGAAGAAGUUUCUGAGGUGUUGAAGGAUUCUGGUUCGGGAGUUGAGAAGAUGAAGAGAGAAUUGAUGGAAGCAAACAGAAGUAGGGAUGCUGCGUUAACACAAGUCUCAGAGAUGAAAUCUUCAUUGGGAGAGUUAGGUGAGAAGCUUCAGUACUUGGAAAGUUAUUGUGACAGUUUGAAGAAAGCUUUGAGAGAAGCAACAGAAGUAGUCUCACAGGAAAACAAUAAUAAUAAUGUUGCAAGAAGCUCAGCGAAUAAGAAGCACACGGAGAUGCCAGUGAGUGAAGAAGUGAUGGUUGAAGGGUUCUUGCAGAUUGUGUCGGAAGCAAGAUUGUCGAUAAAGCAGUUCUUGAAAACAUUAGUUACAGAGAUCGAUGAAGAAGACUCUACUCUAAUCAGUAACAUCAACACUCUCCUUCAACCUCACAACUUAACAUUCACCUCAAAGUACUCCAAAAUCAUUCAGUACCACUUGGAAGCGAUCAUAAGCCAAUCUGUGUACCAAGAUUUCGAGAACUGCGUUUUCCAGAAGAACGGCAAGCCGAAACUUCUAGAUCCGGAACAAGACCGACAAGCGAAGUUCUCGUCUUUCGCUUCCUUGAGAAACUUGAGCUGGAACGAGGUGCUGAAAAAAGGUACAAAGUACUACAGCGAAGAGUUCAGUAGAUUCUGCGACGAGAAGAUGAGUUUGAUCAUUACAACGUUGAGUUGGACAAGACCUUGGUCUGAACAGAUGCUGCAAGCAUUCUUUGUGGCUGCAAAGUGUGUAUGGCUGCUUCAUUUGCUUGCCUUCUCGUUCAAUCCAGCGCUAGGGAUCUUGAGGGUUGAGGAGAACAGAGUGUUUGAGUCGAGUUAUAUGGAAGAUAUGGGCGGAGAUAGAGACAGGCAGAGAUCAUCAUCGACACGUGGACCAGCGAGGGUUAAGGUUAUGGUGAUGCCUGGGUUUUAUGUGCAAGAUAGGGUUUUGAGGUGUAAGGUUCUUUGCAGGUACAAGUCAUUAGGCUGA